UUGACAGCGGUUGUUGGUACUGACUGAGCGAAGUACGGCGGCACAAAUAUCGGUCUGUCUGCGUGUUUUUUUUUUUUUAAAGUGCUUCAACGUUUGUAAAAGUUAACACCUGCAAGCAUGCAGUCCGAAUCGGGAAUAGUUCCCGACUUCGAGGUCGGAGAGGAGUUUCAAGAGGAGCCGAAAACGUAUUACGAACUGAAGAGUCAGCCCUUGAAAAACAGCAGCAGCCCGUCGGACCAGCACAGCUCGUCCAAGCCCCCGCUGAGCUCCUCGGCCAUGACAUCACGCAUCCUCCUGCGCCAACAGCUGAUGCGGGAGCAGCUUCAAGAGCAGGAGCGGCGGGAGCAGCAGAGACAACAGGCCUCUCAGUACCCACAAAGCACUGCGGCACAGACCCCCGCUAUCAAUGUCAGCGUGCCGGCCAGUUUGCCACCUUCUGCACAGGUGCCGAUUGAGGUAUUAAAGGUCCAGACUCACCUGGAGAACCCGACCAAGUACCACAUCCAGCGCUCCCAGCAGCAGCAGGUCAAGAGGUACCUGGGAAAACUUGGCUCUCAGGCAUUGAGCUUGCCCUGCCACAACCAGUCCUCUGACCACGGGGGCAUGCCGCCAGGGCCGGGCAACAGCGCCCCCAACAGCCCUAUGGCCUUACUGACCCUGAACUCUAACUGCGAGAAAGAGAUGGAUGAUGUCAUUGAUGACAUUAUUAGCCUGGAGUCCAGUUACAGUGAUGACAUCCUCGGCCUCAUGGACCCUGGACUUCAGAUGGCUAACACGAUCGCUGUUCCUGCUAACCUCAUGGACAUGUAUGGUAAUCAGGGUAUGUCCCAGCAAGGUCUGCCCAUCAGCAACUCGUGCCCCGCCAACCUGCCCAACAUCAAAAGGGAAUACUCCGUGUCACAGUCCCCUGCCAUCAUGCAUAUGCUGGACAAGUCGGGAUCCUGUGGCAAGUUUGACAACUAUCAGAGGCCUGAAGGAUUCCCCGUGGAGGUGAGAGCAAUGGCAAAGGAGAGGCAGAAGAAAGAUAACCACAAUCUGAUUGAAAGAAGAAGACGGUUCAACAUCAAUGACAGAAUCAAAGAAUUGGGAACUUUAAUUCCAAAAUCCAAUGAUCCGGACAUGCGCUGGAACAAAGGCACCAUCCUGAAGGCCUCGGUGGACUACAUCAGGAAGCUGCAGCGAGAGCAGCUUAGGACCAAGGAGCUGGAGACUCGCCAGAAGAAGCUAGAGCACGCCAAUCGACACCUGAUGUUGAGGAUACAGGAGUUAGAGAUGCAGGCGCGGGCUCACGGUCUGGCCAUCGCAUCCUCAGCCCUCUGCUCCGCUGAACUCGGGGCCCGGACCAUUAAGCAGGAGACCGCUCUGGAGGACUGUCACCAGGACCUGUACACACUCCACCCCCAUCACCAACACCACCCAGCCUGCACUCCAGAGCCGCCCGGCACAUUGGAUCUAAACGAAGGUCACUCAAACUUCCCCGAGGGCCACUACAGCGUCCACGGCAAGCCGGGCUCCAAACUCAACGACAUCCUCAUGGAAGACACCUUAUCCCCGGUGAGAGGGGGGGACCCUUUGCUCUCGUCCGUCUCCCCGGACGCCUCCAAGGACAGCAGUCGCAAGAGCAGUGUAAGCAUGGAUGAGAAUGAUCAGGGGUGUUAGCACCCCCUACUGGAGGACACCUCGCCUGCAUCUGCAACCGCCUCCAUCUUGCUGUUUCUGUCAGCAGUUACUACACUCCCAGCUGCUGGAGAGGUUUCUUUUAGUUUGUUUUUAUUGUUUUGUUUCCUUUUGUUUACAUGUUUUGAUUUUUGUUUUUUGUUUUUUGUUUUUUUUACAAUAUCUUUUAUCUUUUCAAGCCCUUAACCUUGCUUUCAAGGACUGAUUAUGAAGUAAUUUUGCUUUAAUCAAUACUAUGAUGACAAUGAGAUGCAAAAAUAUAAGUUUUUAUAUUUAAAAAAAAAAAAAGUACAUUUAUCUUUGGAUAGAGGCUAGAUUAUGUUUAUUUCUAUUGAUUCCAAAGAAUCUAGGGAAGUGAUAAAUCAUGGUCAGAUGUGUAGAUAUUAAAUGGUGAGAUGAAUGCUUUUUAAAUCACUAGCAAUAAUAGAUGACAGACAAAAAUCUAUUUAUUACUUUAGUGCUUUACACUUCCUGUGUCUUAGAUUAAACUUGAAUGUGUCGAUGCCUUAUUACGAUGUGUAUACAUCCAUGUUGUCUUGCUAUGCACAUGUUUCUGCUGUUAGCUGUGUCUUUGUCACGCUUCCAGUUGAAAUCUCUCCCCUGAAAAAUAUUAAUCGUUUUUAGAUUUGAUCUUAUUUAUGUAUCUAUAUAAACAGGACUUUUUGUACACAUUCCCUGAAACAAAAAAGUUUAAAGUAUAACAAGGCAUUUCAAAGAGCCUUGUGAGUGAAUAAUGAAUACAAAUAAGACGUUUAAAUGUCUCUUUAAACACGCUUAACUAGGGCCCGACCGAUAUGAGAUUUUCGGGGCCGAUAUCGUUAUUGAGGAAAUAAAAAAUCCGAUACCGAUAUAUUGGCCGAUAUCUUUCUUAGAUCUAUCUUCGACCUGUAGAGAUAUAUAGAUAUACACAUUUAUUG